UCUCUCCAGUCCCAACUUUCUAACGCCCCCACCACCACACAAUUUCAUUUCAUUUUUCCUUUUCACUUCACUUUCCCCCAAUUUUCUUUCUCAACAAUGGCCGCAGCAACACAACUCCACUUACCCCCUGGAUUCCGAUUCCACCCCACCGAUGAAGAACUCGUCGUUCACUAUCUCUGCCGCAAAUGCGCUUCGCAAGAAAUCGCAGUUCCAAUAAUCGCCGAAAUCGAUCUCUACAAGUACGACCCAUGGGACCUUCCAGGAAUGGCUUUGUACGGAGAGAAAGAGUGGUAUUUUUUCACGCCGAGGGACCGCAAGUACCCGAACGGUUCGCGGCCGAACCGGUCCGCGGGGACCGGAUACUGGAAGGCAACCGGAGCGGAUAAACCGGUUGGCAAACCGAAACCUGUUGGGAUCAAGAAAGCAUUGGUUUUUUACGCCGGAAAAGCGCCCAAGGGAGUGAAAACUAACUGGAUCAUGCACGAGUAUCGUCUCGCCGACGUGGAUCGUUCGGUUCGCAAAAAGAACAGCUUAAGGCUGGAUGACUGGGUGCUGUGUCGAAUUUACAACAAGAAAGGUGCAAUUGAGAAGCAGCAACCAGCACCGCCACCACCGAGUGGUGUCCACAAAAUUGAAUGUUACGAAAUGGAAGACGUGAAGCCGGAGUAUACGGCGGCGGAUUGCCUGUACUUCGAGGCUUCCGACUCGGUGCCGCGGCUGCACACGACGGAGUCGAGCUGUUCGGAGCAGGUGGUGUCGGCGGAGUUUGCGAGCGAGGUGCAGAGCGAGCGGAAGAGGCAGGGCAACAGCGAGUUUUCGUAUAAUUACAUGGAUGCCACUCUCGGGAAUAAUCAGAUGUCGCCGCUCCAGGAUAUCUUCAUGUACCUCUCCAGGCCCUUCUGAAAUCAACACGCACGAGACGGCACGACGUCGUUCUUUGCUUUGUGUGUGCAUGAUGCAUUUUUGACGUGCCUGCUGCAUUGCAUGGAAGCACGAGACUGAGUGAAUGUCCGUGAGUGUGUCCGUGCUGGUGCGCGUAGAUGAUUAUUAUUAUAAAAAAACAAAAAAACAAAAAAGAGAAGCAUUCAUAUAUGAACAUGAUGAAUCCAACUGUUUACAUGAUCUAGUCGCAAUUAAUAGUUUGAUAUUAAAUAAAUUGUGUGGAAACAAAAUAUUUAUCUUAUUUGUCUUUAAGGUUUUGAUGAA